GUGUGGUGACGGGUGAAUGUGGGGUGACGGGUGACUGUGUGGUGACUGGGGUGACUGUGGGGUGAAUGUGGUGACUGGGUUGACUGUGCUCAGGAUUCCGGUAGAGAGGAUGAAGCCAGCGAUCCUGUCAAGUGAAAUAUAGAUUGUGUCGCGAAAUUUUAAUGUCAUCGCCUUCAUGGUGUGAACGACAAAUUCUUAGAAAAGCAGUGUAGAUGACAAUUAUUUAUGUGUGUACAUUCAUAUGAAGGAUGCACUUACACUUGAUUUGAGAUUGUGCAAGAUAAAAAAGCAUUUGAUAUACUGUGUAUAGAAGCUAAAUGCCAUGAUAUGCAGUAUGCACGCUGUUGAAGCAGGCACGCUGAUGACGUUUGGAAAUCCGAAGCAAACUGACGUCACGCCGUGGCUCGUUCUCUGCGCUGCGGGUGCGGCGUGUGCAGCAGCUCGAGUCGUCGAUUAAACAUUUUGAGCGCUCGCGCGCCGCUGUGCCACCGACUUUGUGUGCAUUUCGCUCCGAGCCGUGCGGCGACGACUCAUCCCCCCAGCCCUGGGCAACUCGCGACCACGCCAGCCACGGGGCCCGGCUCGAAGGCGAGCGGCUCGCCAGCGGAAGGUUGCGAGUUCAAAUCCUGGUUGGGGGAUGACUCGGCACAUCUUCAUCCCUCUAGGGUCGAUAAAACGAGUACCACGUUGUGAGGAAAUCAACAGUGGUUAGAUUCGGCCCUGCUAUAGGAAUGUAAACCUUCCACCACUCGAUCAGGAUAGCGGGAGGUGAGGUGUGCACCACCUGACUAUGCAGAAGUAUUUUUGACAGAAAUUGCACAGCAGCUGCUGCUGCAGGAUUAUUGUUCCGCAUGUUUACCUAGGAAAGCCUUACUGAGUCUCAAUACUCUUUUUCAGGAGGAUCUUUGAACAUUUUCGCAGUAGGGGAUGACGAUUUCUGUGUCCUAAAUGAGUAAUUUGUGUUUAUUUUUCACAUUUGGAACAUGACGCCGACACAAUGGCCAACGCUUUUAAUGAUGUCACUGGUUCUUUAAGCUCGCGUAUUAUCUUAAGUUUAAUAGACCGCGGAAUUAACCAGGGCAGCCUGUCAGAAUCGAACCGUGAUCCUUUGCAACAAUUAGCGAACGCGCUACAGCUGGGCUCUGCCUAUAAGUCCCACCUCCUACCUCACAAACAAUGAAGCGCCAGAGUCGCUGCGCCCCUCGGAAUUCCAGUUCUCCGUGCAGCCUCUCCUGUGCCUGCACGGUGCGCAUGCAACGAGCUCGCAACGAGCGAUGUGGGCUGUGCGGUGCUGCUUUCGCACGGUCUCAGCACAAGCGUCCGCUCGCCCCGAUAUCUUAAGCCAGAGACCUCGAAAACGGGCGAAUGAGCGCACACAGCCACUGCCCCGUGUUUACCCGAUGCAACCGGCACGCUGUGUCCCCACGGGACACAUCCCGUGUCCUUGGGAUGCUCUCUCCCGCCCGCCGUCAAGUCUCGUCCAUUCCAUCGCCCUCUCGUGGAGGAAUCUGUUAGGGCCGUGAUGACGUAGUUCUUUUCAAUCAUGCAAUGGUCUUUGCGACCCGUGCCGUCAUUAAUUACCUCGCGUGCAUUGCGCCACCGCGUGCAGCCUCGCGCUGUUCACCAGCGGCGACCCCUGCGCUAUCCCUCUCGAUUGGGACCUCAGCACCAGGGACAGCGGCCUCAGCACCAGGGACAGCGGCCUCAGCACUAGGGACAGCGGCCUCAGAACCAGGGACAGCGGCUUCAGCACCAGGGACAGCGGCCUCAGAACCAGGAACAGCGGCCUCAGCACCAACGACAAAUCUCGGGACCGCAUGGAAGGGAGGGGCCAAGGCCUGUAGGGGCGGCCUUCUAGAAGGAAGGGUGGGGGGAGGCGCCCGUGGCCCCUUCUCCGCACAAAGGAAUCGCAGUUGAGAGCAGCACAGCGCGGCGGUGGAGCGAGACCGUGGAGCGAGGCAAGGCCCCGAGGACCGGAUUUCUCUAGCGGGACCGAAGUAGCGGCAUCGCCCCCGCGUGGGGGAGCAAACAACACGCAGCGUGAAUCCCUUCAGCUGUGGCAGCAGCAGCCCCGACUACCCAGGGAGACGGCGAGCCGGGAGGCCGCGUGCGCGGGGAUGUCGGGUCAUGUGCACGCCACGCAGCAGGAGACGGAGCGGCUGGCGCUGGGCACGGCGCUCAAGCGCGUGUCGCUCAUGCUGCAGUACCCGGAGCAGCUGGAGCGCGUGGAGCAGUACCGCAAGCGGGAGGCGCGGACCACCGCCUCGCUCGAGACGCGCCUCAAGAGCGCCCUGCAGUCCCAGCUGGAGGGGGUGCGGCUGGGCCUGUCGCAGCUGCACGGGGCGCUGGCGCACGCCCGGGAGAUCGGGCGCGCCCUGCGCGGGGUGCGCGCUGAGCGCGAGGCGGGGCUCGCGGCCCUGGAACCCCUGGGAGAGCUCCGCGGCCUGGCGGACGAGCAUGGGCAGCUGGCGGCCGCCGUGGAGCACACGCGCAUCAUUAUGAGCGUGCGCGAGCUGGAGCAGGAGACGCGCGACUGGAUCGAGCAGGGGGAGCUCCUGGCCGCACACAAGAACCUCAUGGAGCUUGAGCACUCGCGGGACAGCCUGCUGCUGCGCCAGCACCUCAAGGACGCGGGCAACGCCGCCAACCUGCACCUCAUCCGCGAGUACUUCUCCUGCGCCGAGUCCCUCGCCGGGGAACUCGCCAAGCAGCUCUGGCUCGUGUUGCAGCGUGGCCUCGGUACGGCGCGGCGCGACCCGGCCAUGCUGGUGUCGGCGCUUCGGGUCAUCGAGCGCGAGGAGGGGCUGGACGCGCUCGCGGCCGAGCGGCGGCAGAGCUCCGGGUUCGUCGCCCCGGGGCGGCCCAAGGAGCUGCAGCGCCGCUGCGUGGAGGUGCUGCGGCAGACGGUGAGCACGCGCGUGGAGAGCGGCCAGACGGACACGCGCGACGACGACAGCCUGUGGCUGGCGCGGCACCUCGACACGCUGCAGCGCCGCAUCCUCGAGGAUCUGGUGGUGGUGAAGACACUGAUGGCCCAGUGCUUCCCGCCGAAGUACAACAUCUUCUCCACAACGCUGAGAUUCUACCACCAGGCGCUCGGCGCGCACCUCCAGGACAUCGUGUCCGAGCAGCUGGAGGCCAACGAGAUCGUGUCGCUGCUCACCUGGGUGCUGCACACCUAUCCCAGCGAGGAGAUGAUGGGGCACCCCGACCUGGCCCCGGAGGCCUCCGUGGAGGAGCUGCCACCGCUGCUGUCACCUGGGGAGGUGGAGGCGCUGCUGCACAAGUACCUGCACACGCUCCAGAGUAACGUGUGCACGUGGCUGGGCAAGGCUCUGGAGGCCGAGCGUCGCGAUUGGAUGCGGAACCAGGAGCCGGACACCGACCAGCACGGAUACUUUCACACCGCACUGCCUGCCAUCGUGUGCCAGAUGCUGGAGCAGAACGUUCAGGUGGCCUCCCAGGUGAGUCCCCGACUCGUAGGCCGAGCCAUGACCAUCGGCCUGCUGGAGGUGCAGACGUUCCUGUGCAGGUACCGCGCGGUGCUGGGCGGAUAUCGGCAGGAGCACGUGCAGAACCGGCAGCUGCCGCCCUUCUACGUACAAUACAUGACGGCCGCCACCAACAACUGCCUUGCCUUCAAGGAGUCAAUGAGGCAGCUCCUGGAGAAGCGGCCGACAUUCGGGGCCCCGGGGGUGGAGGGCCCUUCCCAGGAGGCCACCCCCGUUCCGGCACGAUUGCCCGACCCGACGACGCAGCUGGACGGCAUCGCUGCCGACGCCUGCGAGUACCUGCUCGACGAGGUGUUGCUGGACAUCGAGCCCCUGCUGCAGGAGCUGCUCACCAGGGCCUGGGUCUCGAGCUCUCGCGCCAUGGACACCAUCUGUGCCACGGUCGAGGAUUACUUCAGCGACUUUUCCAAACUCAAGAAGCCGUACCUGCAGGAGCUAACGGAGCGCGCUCACCGCCGACUCGUCAGCGAGUUCGUGCGCGCCGCCGUGCAGCGCCGCGUCUCCUUCAAGGGCUGCGAGGAGCGGCGCGAGGCCGCCGAGAAGAUGGAGUGGGAGGCGCGUCAGCUGAAGCAGCUCUUCCAGAAGCUCUCCCACGGCCCACUGAGUGAGGAUUCGCUGAGUGAUGUUAUCCCGGCCUUGGCCGAGCUCGUGCGCCUCAAGGACACCUCUAUGCUGUGCCUGGAGAUCUCGGGCCUCCUUCACAAAUACCCCGACGUGCGGGAGGAGCACAUCUGGGCGGUGCUGGCACUGCGUGGCGAUGCCACCAGGGACAUGCGGCUGGUUCUCACCGAGUGCAUGAUGCAGCGUCGGGCCCACACAAGUGCCCCCGCAGCGCCUCCCAGCGUCGCCGCACUCAACUUCUUUGCCGACAUCCCCGUGACGAGCCACCUCCUGCCCCAGCUCGGGAAAUGAACCGAGUGCGCAGCGACGAGGUCAAGGGCGGGAGAUCGAGAGAGCCCAGUCUCACGUGGAGACACAAGCUCGCUCAACGAUCAAAUACAACCCCAACCACGACUCCAACCUCAAUAAUGACUACAAUCCCAAAUCCAACCCCAACCGCUAUUACCCACUGUCCAGCCCCCAUCCUGGACUCAAAGCUGCUACAGUCAAUCCGGGACUCCUAAUGCCUUGACUCACGAAACCCAAGCUCCCUCCUCCUCUUUCCUAGACUUUAAGCCUUACCCCUCACUCUCAACUCAUAACCGCAACAAAUGAGCCCCCAAACUCUUAGGCACCCACAGGCCUUGUUCUGCCAGCUGUUCUGUAGCGUUGCUUGCAAGGCUCAUGAGGCCGUGUGCACAUUUACUCCUGACAAGAGCCCCAUUUGAUCAAAACAAAGCCCAGCAACAACCUCAAACCCUGAAUACAGCUAAGUAGCGCUUAUUCGAUAUCACCUUCUUCCUGUAGUGAUGCGCAUAUACUCACAAAGACAACAGGCACACACACAACAAUGAUCUCCCGUAUAGCAUUAACAGACUCUUGGGGCAAGUGCUGUUAGCGGGCACGGCACACGAGGGGUGGGUGGCCAGCACCACGCCCAGCUACCUGUCUAACCAGUGACGAUGUAAUAAUUUGAGGCCGAGUUGACCUAGGGGAGGCCCAGGACCGGUUCAGAUAAUCGUCAUUGGGGUUGACCGUGAGCAGAAUCGAACUCGGGUCUCCAGGUUUAUAGUGCAGCGCUCCAAUCGCUGUACGACCACUCACCCCACACAACACACACACACACAGACAUAUACACUCACAUUGGGUGUUGUCCCAGCUAUUACAGUCCUACAGUAUUAAGUAGCGUCCAAGUAUUAAUGGGGUCCAUUUGUAAUGUUGGUGCUUAGAACGAGUGUUGGUCCUUUAGGCUUAUGAUCAGUGGUGUUAGUGGUGCCUAGACGCUGGUGUUUCAAUCCGGCAACACCCCUCGUCCCUGGAUAAGUACGUGUAACAAGAGACGACUGCACAUAUGAUUUUAUCCCUUUAUGAAAAUAUCUACAAAUGAAGGCAGUUUCGCGUUGUUUCAGUUGCCAUAAAGCCAUUACAAAA